CACCUGUUCCUCCGCGGAGGCCGCCGCGCGCUGAUUGGCCGAGCGCACCGGAAGUGGAAGCAGGGCGGCCGCCGCCCGUGGGACAGAGAUCUCGGCGGCGGGGAGCGCGGCGCUGGGAACGCGGGGAGCGAGUGGCGGCGAUUGUAACAUGGGGACCGAGAGCACGGAGGUAAUCCCCAAGGAAGAAGUUUCUGAGGAACCCGAGCCACGUGCGACAGGAUUGGAGACACUUCCCUGGGUGGUUUGCCAGGGCCAGGAGUUCAGAGUGGCCUGCGCAGAAGACACGGUGGACAGGCACUCGAGAAGGUCCACUGACAGGAGCACGGGGCAGUUGUCCCCUCGGGGUAGGGGCCUUGCACCAGGGCCCAUUGUCUUUCAGAGGCCACCCCCAGGCAAGAAGUACGGGGAGCGUGGGGAGCAGGAGCGCACCUGUAGCCUCGGGGCACCCCUGCUCACGCCUCAGGCCAACCCCCCAGCUGAGGCCGUCCCUGCCUUCGCCACCUCCCACCACAACCCCAUGGAGAAUGUGGAGUCUCCCUGUACGCAGAGAGCUCCUGUGGGUGAGAAGCCUCACAGGUGCAAAGAGUGCGGCAAGGCCUUCAACCAGAACUCGCAUCUGAUUCAGCACCUGAGGGUUCACAGUGGAGAGAAGCCCUUCGAGUGCAAAGAGUGUGGAAAGACGUUUGGGACCAACUCCAGCCUGCGACGGCACCUGAGGAUUCAUGCCGGGGAGAAGCCCUUUGCCUGUAGCGAGUGUGGCAAGGCCUUCAUCCAGAGCUCACACCUCAUCCACCAUCACAGGAUCCACACGGGGGAGAGGCCAUACAAGUGCGAGGAGUGCGGCAAGGCCUUCAGCCAGAACUCAGCGCUUAUCCUGCACCAGAGGAUCCACACGGGCGAGAAGCCCUAUGAGUGCAACGAGUGUGGAAAGACCUUCCGGGUGAGCUCGCAGCUCAUCCAGCACCAGCGCAUCCACACCGAGGAGAGGUACCACGAGUGCACCGAGUGUGGCAAAGCCUUCAAGCACAGCUCGGGCCUCAUCAGGCACCAGAAGAUCCACACCGGGGAGAAGCCCUAUCUGUGUAACGAGUGCGGGAAGGGCUUCGGGCAGAGCUCUGAGCUCAUCCGGCACCAGAGGAUUCACACCGGUGACAAACCCUACGAGUGCAAUGAGUGUGGCAAGACUUUCGGCCAGAAUUCUGAGAUCAUUAGGCACAUUCGCAUUCACACUGGCGAGAAACCCUACGUGUGUAAGGAGUGUGGGAAGGCCUUCCGGGGCAACUCGGAGCUCCUGAGGCACGAGCGGAUCCAUACCGGGGAGAAACCCUACGAGUGCUUCGAGUGCGGAAAGGCGUUUAGGCGGACCUCACACCUCACCGUCCACCAGAGGAUCCACACCGGAGAGAAGCCCCACCAGUGCAGCGAAUGUGCGAGAACCUUCUGGGACAGCUCAGAGCUGCUGCUCCACCAGAAGAUCCAUGUUGGGGAGAAGCCUUACGAAUGUACUGACUGUGAGAAGACAUUCGGCCAGCAUUCCCAGCUGCUCCUCCACCAGCGAAUCCACACGGGCGAGAAGCCGUACGAGUGUCAGCAGUGCCAGAAGACGUUCAGCCGCAGCUCCCACCUGCUCCGACACCAGAGUGUCCACUGCGCAGAGUGAUGGCAGCCAGCGAGGGGCUCCGUGCGGACUUGCCGCGCCCAUAGCUUGCACAUCCUAUGCGUGGACAGACCCCCUUCUCCCUGUGUGUAAUGCAGCGGCUGGAAAGGAUGGAUGCUUUUAGGAGUCGGUGAAGUUUCGGUGCCGGCAUGCGGCCAUGCAGUCUCCGUGUCAGGUUUCACAGCCUUGCCGAGGAGCAGAAGCUGCUUAAGGGGGGUACUGUUUAUGUACCAUAAAGUCCACCUGUUUGACGUGCCCAGCUGAUUGAUUUUUGACUGACAGAGGCAGCGUGGACCCAACUCCUAUGGCGUCUGGCACCCGCCAUGUCUCCAGAUAGCCACCUGCUUGCGGCCACUGCCUUGCCUCCGGACCACAAGCACUGUCCACAGACGAAAUCUAAGCCCUGUGCUUGCUGGUAAAGGAGAAAUGGUGCGGAUCCAGUAACAGAAGCAGGACAGAGAAGGACAGAGGAGGAGGAGGAGUGGAAAUGCACUAAUGACCUCCCAGUGCCCCAGGGUGCCUGGACCUGUGCCCCCAGGUGACAAAGUUUCUAAGCUGAGGCCUCAGAGGCCCCAAGAGACAACCAGACUUUCCACGAGGCUCCGGCAUGAGCAUGGACAGGAGGUAAGUAGAGCCACGGGCAUCCACGCACACACCCCGCGACCAAGCCCAGGCUGCAGGAAGACAGACUGGGAAACUGGGAAGUGCUGGUCCCCUCAAAGAGGACCAAGAGGUUUGCACUUCCUCCUGAAGGCCAAGGGGAGCCCGUGAAGGGGUUAACACAGAAUGGUGUAAGCACAGUGAGGUGCUUAGAAGACCAUCUGGAUCAUUUUCUGAAGGAUGGGCGGUGGGUCAGGGCUGCGAGUAGGGUUUUGGGGCAGGUGACCCCAGCAGUGAUGUGCCCUGGAGUGGGUGACAGCCCCAGUGGGCUUCGGGCAGUGGGCACAGAUGGAUCGAGUCCGAACGUUAAAGAGGCAAAACUGGGCGGAACCGGUGCUGUCCUCAAAAGAGGGGGCGAGGGGACAGGCGUCAGGGUGACAUCCAUGCUUCUUGCCUGGGCAACUGUCUGAUUUGUGCAGUUGGAGGUGAGGACAGGGCAAAGGGGACAUCACCUUACACAUGUGUGAGGCACCUGUGGGGCCUCCGGGAGCAGCGUCCGGGGAGCCAGUGAUGGGUCAGCAGGUCAGGAGCCCAGGAGGAGCGUCUGGAACGCAAGGCACAGAUGCCAGAAUCACGAGCAUGCCACUGGUACCUAAGGCAGAAGAGCGUCACCAUGGGUUACGGUUCGGAGCCCUGGGCAUGUGCUGUGGGAGUAGAACCGGAUCAGAAUCCCGGCGUCCUCAUCUCCCUUGGCCAUCCUUCCCUGAGGCGUCCCACAGAAGGGGCUACCGUGGGGAUGAAGCCCCCUGCUGGAUGGAAAUCUGCACACCAUCACAGGCUCAGCCCCUUGUCCAUCUUUCUGGGACAUCUCAGUGACUCCGUCACCUCUGGCUCCCGUGAUCACCUUCAUCUGGGCAGAAUCCUGAAUCUGGAACUCCAGCUCCUCACCCACACUUUAGUCUGUAAUCACAGUACAUGUCUAGUCCCAUGUCCUGCUGGAUCAUGAAGCAGAUGGAUGAAGAUGAACUCAUCAUCUCACAGCUAUUCUCCUUUCUUACCGUCCAUUUCUGACCAGUUUUCAUGGAACACAUACUGAAUUGCGAUCCUACGGCAUUCAGGCACCGUUCUAGACUGUGGGAAUACCCUGGUGCACGAGACAAAGUCCCUGCCCUCGUGGGGGCUUGUGUUCUAGAGGUUUCUAGGCCAGACCCACAGGAGCAUAUGCCACCUAAAAUGUGGUACACACACCAUAUACAUCAGUCACACCCAGGAGCUUAGUAGAAAUGCCAGUUCUCAAGCAGCAUCCCAGGCACACUGAGUCAAGGCUGUGCGUUAGGGGCCCAGCAUUCGGUGCCUACCCAGCCCUGCAGCAAUGCCCUCAUCAUCUCAGACCCCCCUCUAUUCAUACCUGGGAAACCUGAAGAUUCCUCCUGUGGCCCUCUCCAUCCCCAUCUUCAUCUGGAACCUUUGAACCUCACAUAUGCAUUGUUGGAAAAUCUAAUCAAUCUGUUUUCUGGCUCCAUGCUGUUGGAUGGAGGACUUUUCUCAAAUCCUGCCUUCACCGACAACAAUGAUAAAAAACUCACUGUGGAGGUUUAAGUCAUCUGUUCAAGGAAAUAACAGCUUCUCUGGACCUGAGAGCUGUGUCAUGUACCCUAGGGCUGCUGUAACAAGGUACAUGGAUUGGGCGGCUUCCAAGAGAAAUUCACUCUCGCAGUUUUGGAGGUGGCUUCCCUCUGUGGGCUCUGGUGGCAGCGGGCAGUCCUCAUACCCCUUGCUUUGUAAACACGUGACCACAAGCUUGGCCUCCCUGUCCACAUGGCUUCUCCCUGCUUUUGUCUCUUUACAUGGCCCCAUUCUUACAGGGACACCAGUCGUACUGAAUCGGCGACCCAUUCUACUCCAGGAUUUCCUCCCCUUAACUAAUUAUAUCUACAAUGAUCCUACUUCCUAGAGGGUCACAUUCUGAGCUACUGGGGUUAGGACUUCAAUAUACGGAAGGAACACAGUUUGGGAGCGGGGCACAAUUCAAUGUGUACCAAUAGCCCCAGUGUACAGUUCACCUAAGAGCAAACCUGUGCUCCAGCGUCUCCCCUAACUUCCCUGUGUGCCAGGCCUCGCCCCAUGCUGUCCCUUUGCCCCUGACUCUUCUGCUCCCUAUGUCCCUCCAGCUCUCUACCAUCUAUUUUUAAAAAUAUUUAAUUUAUUUAUUCACGAGAAACACACAGAGAGGCAGAAACACAGGCAGAGGGAGAAGCAGGCCCCCGUGUGAGGAGCCCGAUGCAGGAGUCCAUCCCAGGACCCGGGGAUCAUGACCUGAGCCAAAGGCAGAUGUUCAACCCCUGAGCCACCCAGGCACCUGCUGUCCACCACCUACACUGAGAACCAAGGACUCACAUGCCUGCCAGAGGCCAGGCACUUCAUCAGAACAAGUGACGGAAGCUAGAUGGUACACGACAAAGGGAUACUUUGCUUCCAUGCCAGGCAGACAGUGGAGAUUGGUGGGAACUGGGGAUCUGGGAAUUCGAUGCGGAGUCUGAAAGCAGAGCUCCUCUAAUUCCUGCUACGUGCACCUGUAGACAUGUGGGCUCUGUGAGGAUACGUCUGAGCCUCCAAGACACAGUUACAUCUACACCUUGUGUGGGUAGAUGUGAAAGCCAUUUCCACAUUUUAAAAUGCUGGCCACGGAUUCAAAUAAAAAUGAACUGUGUGAGCAAUGGGGGGAAACACGUCUGCAGCCCUACCCAGCCCAGGGGCCAUCAUUUCUUCAGCCUGUGACACUCCCCAUGGUUCCAGGCCUCCCUAGAAUGUUGGCACCUUCUAACCAUUUCAAUCCUGUUAAAGUCACAUUGAUGUUUAUGUGCUGGGUGAUGCCAAAGACAGAACCAUGUCUAGAGGGACCCAGAGAUGCACCCACUGAGGAAACGCGUGAAACAAGUUAGUGUGAGUGAGCACUAGCCCCGCAAGCUAGACAAGAGAAGCUCGGAGGCAACUCUGGAAGGCUUCUCAGAGGAAAGGGCUUUGGAAGCUACUCCUAAAAGGAUGUGCAGACCUUUACUAGGACGCUACUGGCCUAAGCCUUACCCCCUCCUCUGAACUCCAAGGGCAGGAAUAUCAGGAAUAUCUCAAUCAAGUGUGAGAACACGUGUGUCCCCCCGCCCCCCACAUCGGGGCCCUCGGUAACCCCCCGAACCCAGGAACCAAGUGUUUUUGCAAAGGCUCCAGGCACAGAGCAGGGCAGAGAGAGGAGUGGUCUGCACCGGUGUGUGUGGGGGGGUAGGGGCUGGAGGUAGGCAGCUCGCGGGCCCCUAGGAGGGAACAGGAACCCACAGGGGUGGGGGGGAGCGACAGCUGAGGGUCGUGGCGGUGCGCGCGGGGAGCCGUGGGUGGGGGCCUCCCCACCUUCCUCGGGACCCUAGCCUCUCCCUAUUGGCCGGCCCCUGAGAGUCUUCCCUGCACCCUGCUUCCCGGCGUGGGGCGGGCGCCGAACCCCUGGCUCUACGCACCCAGCGGUCUCCCCUCCGCCGCGGCCCCGCCCCCCGCCACCGUGUCCGCUCUGCGCAGACUCGGCCGGACCCGCUGCGGGAGGCGGGGGCCUCCACUGCGCAGACUAUGGUGAUCCCGCCUCGCCGCUUCGCGCCCGCUCGCGGGUCCCCUCUGCGCAGACUCGGCCAACUCCAGCUGUGGGUCCCCUCUGCGCAGGCUCGGGCCAGGUCCGCUUUUGGAGGGGGGGUGGGGUCUCUGCACAGAUUCGGGCCAGGCCCUCGGCCUCCGCUGGGACUCGCGCGAUUCCGCUCCGGGGGGCUUCGGGCGGCACCGGGUGGUGCACCUGCUGGUCCUGCAGGAUCUGUGAGCUGCCGGCGGCUGGGCUUCGCCCCGUGGGUCCGGGUGGGCGACCCCAGCAAGCAGUUUUACAUUUUUGUUCCAAUUCUUUUUAGUCGUGUCCCCCACCCCGCCGAUCCCGCAAGCCUGCGUGGUCUCAUUCGUGGAUGCCUUCUGUUUGUAUUGUCCUGUCAGAGGCUUGGGACACAGGUGCACAAGGACAGGCACCAGUAACGUUUAAAAGGGCAGGUUCUGAAGUGAGAAGGCCAGACGCGCAGAAAGCUGACGGGCUCAGUCUCCUACUGCUUAGGGGCAGUGUGACGCUGGCAAGCUGGUUAACCUGAGUCCCAUUUGAUGGAUGGGUCGUUCCCCUUUCCUCACUAAUAUAUUUUUAAAAGAUUUUAUUUAUUCAUGAAAGAGAGAGGCAGAGGGAGAAGUAGGCUCCUUUUGGGGAGCCCAAUGCGGGACUCGAUUCCAGGACCCGGGGUCACGCCCUGAGCGGAAGGCCGAGGCUCAACUGCUGAGCUUCCCAGGCGCCCUCCUCGCUAGUUAUAAAUGCCGUCUUUUUUUUUUUUUUUUAAGAUUUUAUUUAUUUAUUCAUGAUAGUCACAGAGAGAGAGAGAGAGAGGCAGAGACACAGGCAGAGACACAGGCAGAGGGAGAAGCAGGCUCCAUGCACCGGGAGCCCGAUGUGGGAUUCGAUCCCGGGUCUCCUGGAUCGCGCCCUGGGCCAAAGGCAGGCGCCAAACCGCUGCGCCACCCAGGGAUCCCUAUAAAUGCCGUCUUUGACGUUGACUCAGCGUACACGUGUAUUUGGUUAUGUACUUGGGGUUUGCUCCAGUCAUCUCCAUCUUUCUUCUUUGAUAAUAAACUGUUACUGGGAGCUUU